AUGGAUCUGAUAAAGUAUAUAUUCGAAAAGCAUGUUGUUACUAGUAGAAUUGCUCGAUGGAAAAUGUUGUUAAUUGAAUAUGAUAUCCAGUAUGUGACUCAGAAAGCAAUAAACGAGAGAGUUCUAUUUGACUACCUUGACCAUUUACCCGUGGAAGGUUAUCAACCGUUGAGGUUUGACUAUCCUGAUGAAGACAUCAUGUUUAUCAAAGACUUCACUAUGCAGGGAUCCGAGAUAAACCUUGAGGAAGACCCUAAACCAGGAUCGCGAUGGACGCUCGUGUUCGAUGAUACUUCCAAUGAUCGUGGUCAUGGCAUAGGCGCAGUUAUCACUUCUCCAACUGGUUUUCACCUUCCGUUCACCGCUAGAUUAUGCAUUGACUGCACCAACAAUAUGGUAGAAUACGAGGCAUGUAUCUACGGUUUGGAGGCGGCCAUCGACUUAAGGAUCAAGAUUCUUGAGGUAUACAGAGAUUCUUCUCUGGUAAUAAGUCAGGUAAAAGGUGAUUGGGACACUCGGGAUAACAAGUUGAUACCUUAUGAAGAGCAUAUCAGAAAACUGAAGCCCUAUUUUGAUGAAAUCUCUUUUCAUCAUAUUCCUAGGGAAGAAAAUCAGUUAGCAGAUGUUCUAGCUAUGUUGGCAUCUAUGUUCAAAGUCAAGUGGAAGAAUGAAGCACCAGCUAUUCAUAUUGGCCACUUAAAUGAACCAGCACAUUGUCUAGCAGCCGAGACAGAUCCUGAUGGUAAGCCCCGGUUCUAUGACAUAAAGAUAUUUCUGGAGAAACAACAAUAUCCCGAGGGUAUAUAUAUUACUGAUAAGAAGGCUCUGAGAAGACUCUCUUCUGAGUUUUUCUUAAACGGUGAUGUGUUAUACAAGCGAAAUUAUAAUUCCGUACUGAUCAUAUGCGUGGAUAGACACAAAGCUAGUACGAUCAUAAAAUCAAUACAUGAAGGUUGCGAGGGUGUACAUGCAAAAGGUCCUGCUAUGUCUAAGAAGAUACUUUGGGCUGGAUAUUACUGGACGACAAUGGAGGUUGACUGCUACAACUUCGUUAGAAGAUGCCACAAAUGUCAAAUAUACGGUGACAAGAUCUUUGUGCCACUGACUCUGUUGAAUGUUUUGACGUCUUCAUGGCCAUUUUUUAUGUGGGGUGUCGAUAUGAUUGGGAUGAUAGAUCCUAAAGCUUCCAAUGGUCAUCGAUUCAUCCUAGUUGCUAUCGACUACUUCAUGAAAUGGGUCGAAGUUGCUUCAUAUGCCAAUGUCACUCGAUAG